GCAAGAUGGCGCUGCCCUUUGCACGCUGGUGGUGCUUGUGCCGCUGGGGAGCCAAACGAUGGGGGGUUGCCGCUGGGGAAGCCCGGAGAGGCAUCAGUUUCAAACUGGAAGAAAAAACUGCCCACAGCAGCCUGGCACUCUUCAGAGGUGACACAGGUGUCAAAUAUGGCUUGGUGGGAUUGGAGCCCACCAAGGUGGCCCUGAAUGUGGAGCGCUUUCGGGAGUGGGCAGUGGUACUGGCAGAUACAACCGUCACCAGUGGCAGACACUACUGGGAAGUGACAGUGAAGCGCUCCCAGCAUUUCCGGAUAGGAGUGGCAGAUGUGGACAUGUCCCGGGAUAGCUGCAUCGGUGUUGAUGAUCGUUCCUGGGUGUUCUCCUAUGCCCAGCGCAAGUGGUACACCAUGUUGGCCAACGAGAAAGCCCCAGUUGAGGCUGUGGGACAGCCUGAGAAAGUGGGGCUGCUGCUGGAGUAUGAGGCCAAGAAGCUGAGCCUGGUAGAUGUGAACCAGGUCUCUGUGGUCCACACGCUACAGACAGAUUUCCGGGGUCCAGUGGUGCCUGCUUUUGCUCUUUGGGAUGGAGAGUUGCUGACCCAUUCAGGGAUUGAGGUGCCAGAGGGUCUCUAGUGUGUCCAUUACUGGAGACCCUAAUCAUGCUUUUGGCCAGCCUUCUGUGUGAGUGUUGUGAAGUUGUUUUACUUUGCCCCAAGCAAUCUGUAGCUCCCACAAUUCAAUGUUGGCUCCUCUGUGCAAUGUCUUAAUCAUCUUCCUCUGUCCCCACCCCUGUGAAAGCUAGGCAUACAGCCAAACUUUCCCCCUUGAACUACUGCCAGUUUCCUUGGUGUAUUUUCCCUGACUUGGUUCCUUCGUUCCCUGACUCCCCAUGCCAAGACCUUUCUCAGACUAUUCAGUCCCUUAUCCACUGUAACUUGUUUGCUUGGGGGGCUCACCAAAUCUCUCCAGAGUAAAUCCUUUCUACCUCUGGCUGGAGAAGUGGUACAGUCAGUGACUUAGCCUUUUCUCUCCGGCACCUACAGAGUCUGGGCGCUGGUUCCUCAAUACUUUAUUGACUCAGUGGGUCAGAAUGAGAUCAGAGUUCUCCUUCCCCAGUACCUCAAUGCCCAGACU